UCUGAAGGCUGCUCAAGGGUUAAGGCGCACACAGCUGAGAACGAAGCUUCCUUCCGGAGGUGCUCUUCCUGGAAUGGUCACAUGACAUCUCCCAUUACCGCCCUCCUUCUUCCGGACAGUAAAACUGCUGCUGCUAUUUGUACAGAGCAGCACACGUCGCUUUGCAGAAGAUCCAGCAAGUCUUUCCUAGGGCAGGCAAGGGGGGUGCAGGGCCCUGGGAAUCCUGAGUCAACUGUCUUACAUGUGCUGAAGUGCAUGUGAAGGAUCAGAGCUGUGCCGCGAUGGACGUGGGCCAAUACCUCCAACGGAUAGCAUACCAGGGCACCAGCCAGCCCUCCCUGGAGACCUUGCACCGCCUGCACCGUCGCCAUCUCCUCUCUGUGCCCUUUGAGAGCCUCAGUAUCCACUGCAAGGAGCCCAUCCUGCUGGAACUGCCCCGUCUCUAUGACAAGAUCGUCCGGCGCCACAGGGGCGGCUUCUGUUACGAGCUGAAUGGCCUUUUCCUGUGGCUCCUGCAGACACUGGGAUUUGAUGCCAAAGGCAUAGCUGGGCGUGUCCGGAACCGCUUCACUGGGCGCUAUGGACCCCCCUUGGACCACUUGGUGAUUCUGGUGCGGCUGGAUGGGCAGCAGUUCCUGUGUGACGUCGGCUUUGGCGAAGGAUUCAUGGAGCCGUUGCCGCUAAAGAAGGAGAUGGAGCAUGUCCAGGAAGGUGGCACUUUCUGGCUGGGCCUGGAGGGGGCCACCUGGGUGCUGGAGCGCCGGGAAUCUCCAGGACAGCAGGGGAGGCCUCUGUAUCAGUUCACCCUCGAGGAGAAAAAACUGGAGGAUUUUGCUGACAUGUGUCUCUAUCACCAAACUUCGCCCAGCUCCAUCUUUGCCUGCAAGUCGUUCUGCUCCCUCCACCAGGAAGAUGGCGGGCGCCUGACCUACAUGGGUUGGCGUCUCAUCUCCACCAAGGGAGGAGAGCGCACAGAAGCUGUCCUGCAGAGUUCCGAGAUUCCAGCAAUACUCAACGAAAACUUUGGCAUCAGACUGGAGGCCUCCUUAGAGCCAAAGGAUAAAGAAAUCAUUCCACCUGUUGAGAAAAAUUAAAAGGGAUGGCUAUUUACUUUAGACAUGCAGAAAGAUGGCUGCUUUGGAUUGCUGGCUGGACUUCAGAGGAAUCAGAACCAGGAUCCGAAGGAGAAAGGGGGCCAGGAAUGUGGGCCAUGCUGAGACACUUAGAUGAGAGAAGGGGAGGCAUUUAAUUCACAGACAGACUCUCUGGGCGGGCUGACAGUCUCUGGGAAUAAGAUUCCGCACAGGGGAUUCCCUCAAAAGUUCCCCAGAUCUGCCAGGAAUGAAUCUGUCCAGCUGUUGUCCUGACAUGCCUCUGAGUCUCCACUGAAUCGUCCACAGCUGCUGCCUUUCUGACUGGCCCAAGAAGUCUGGAAGAGGGCUGGUGUGCUGGUCAGAGUGCUGGAGUCCUGGGUUCUAGUCAGCUCACUGGGUGACUUUGGCAGUCACUCACCCUUGCCACCCAGCCUCACAGGGUUGUUGUGAAGAUAACACAGAACUAUGCCAGCUGCCUUGAGUUCCUCACAAGAGGGAAAAGGGCAGAGCAUAAAUGCAACAUAAUAAAUAAACCUCAUCUUUUGUCUUCCAUCUAA